AUGCGCGGACGGGUUAAACUUACACUACCGGCUCGGCAACUUCAAUCAGUCAGUGAAAGCGAUGGAAAGGUGUAAACAUGGACCUGGCGGUUCUAAUUUCCAGUGCAGUGUCCUUCGUCCUCUACCUGAAUUCCUUGGAUGCUGAUUUUGCUUAUGACGACAGUCGUGCCAUAAAAAAGAACCAGGACCUGCUGCCAGAGACUCCACUUAUUAACUUGUUCUACGACGAUUUCUGGGGAACGCCUCUCACCCACAGUGGAUCUCACAAGUCGUACAGACCGCUAUGUGUUCUUUCCUUCAGACUCAAUUAUUACCUCGGGGAAUUCAGUCCCUGGGGUUACCACCUCGGAAACAUUCUUCUCCAUGUCAUAGUAACAGCAGUUUUUACAAAAUUAGCGAGAAUUUUUCUGCGAGACGAUUUUUCCACAUUCACUGCAGGACUGCUAUUUGCGGCCCAUCCUGUCCACACUGAAGCUGUAGCGGGAAUUGUGGGACGGGCCGAUGUCGGGGCCUGUUUGUUUUUCCUCCUUUCCUUGUUAUGUUAUAUACAGUAUGUGAAAUAUAGAGAACAUGUGACAGAGAGUGGUCCCCCCUUUUGGGGGCUGAUGUGCAUUAUGGGUACAGCCCUAUUUACGACGGCGAGCAUGCUCACAAAGGAACAGGGGGUCACUGUCAUUGCUGUGUGUGCUACAUAUGAUCUGUUUGUUCACAACAAAGUUCAAAUUGCAGACAUUAUUUCAUUUAGAUGGCUGGGAAACAGAAAGAUUCGGGAGGGGAUUCUGUACCUAGCUGUGAUAGGAAUUCUCCUGGUGGCAUUCCGAAUCAUGUUCAUGGGAAAUAAACCCCCGGAGUUCGCUCCCUCUGAUAAUCCAGCGGCAGAUUCCGACUCCGUGGUGACACGAUUUCUUACGUACAUUUUACUUCCGGUGUACAACAUGUGGAUCUUGUUGUGUCCAAGAGUGCUCAGUUUUGAUUGGUCCAUGGAUGCAAUUCCAUUGGUCGAGUCCAUAGGAGAUAUACGAAAUGUAUUUUCCAUUGUAUUUUACGCAAUUUUAUUUUAUGCUUCAUCCAAUUUAUUGACCUAUUUACAUAAAAGCAGUCAUUAUAAUAGUCAAACAUCUCCACUGGUGAAGCCGCACCUAAACGGUAAUGGUGUGUCACAUCACGGGAACCAUAGUAGUCCAAAAAAUAGUCAUAAUGGCAAACGUCAUAAACAUUCCCGGCGAGGAUCCAACAGUUCAACAGGCAGUGAGGAGGACCCAAUGGAGCGGGGAUCCCUGAUCUACAAGUCUCAAGACAUCUUAAUUAUCUCAAUAUCUCUGAUGGUAUUUCCGUUCAUUCCAGCAACAAAUUUAUUCUUUUAUGUAGGAUUUGUGAUUGCGGAGCGAGUGCUUUAUAUUCCUAGUAUGGGAUUUUGUCUUCUAGUGGCGCAUGGUGCUAAUAGUUUAUAUAAAAAAUACAAAAGUGACGAAGUGAAGAAGAAGUGCAUUCUGGGAAGUGUAGGACUUCUGUUGUUAAUGCUUUCUGGCAGGACGUUUCUCCGUAACAGAGUCUGGCAAUCUGAGGAGAAUUUGUACAGCUCUGGACUGUCCACCAACCCAGCUAAAGCUUGGGGUAACCUGGCCAAUGUCUGGAACCAACAGGGAAAGAAGAUGGAGGCAGAACAGGCCUAUAGAAAUGCCCUCAAACACCGGGGCAAUAUGGCUGAUACUCACUAUAACCUAGGCAUCCUGCUUCAGGAUCAGAAACGGAUGGAAGCCGCUGUAGAAAGCUACAAGAGAGCGAUUCAGUACAGACCUAAACUGUCAAUGGCCCAUCUAAAUCUGGCCAUCAUCUAUGCUGGUCAGGGGAAAUAUGCGGAGGCAGAAAAGAUUUACCGUCACUGCGCUGACCUUGACACCUCCGGCCUUAAGGACCCUCGUCUCCAUGAGAACACUAAGAUCUCGGCCCUGUAUAACCUGGGCAGGAUGUUAGCUGAACAGGAGAGGAACAAGGAAGCCAUAGAAAUCUACAGAGAGGCUCUCAAAAGGAGACCCAGCUACUAUGCUCCUCAGUCUAUUUAUAACAUGCUAGGUGAGGUAUACAUGAAGAUAGGUCAGAUAGAAGAAGCUGAGAAGUGGUACAAAGAGGCCCUGAAAGCCAAGCCUGACCACGUGCCAGCUCACCUGACCAUGGCUAAGCUCCUCCAUAAAAAGAACCAGAUAAAAGAGGCAGAGGAGUGGUUUAAGAAAGCCAAACAACUGGACCCCGAGGACACGAUGGUGGACCAUCACUAUGCCCAGUUUCUUGGUGAGACCGGCAGACUUAAGGAAUCCUCCACCAUGUACAGAAAAGCCAUCCAGAAAUCUCCAAAUGACUUUGAACUCAUCUUUAAUGCAGCAAAUAUUCUCAGACAAGAUGGUGAUAAUGAGGCAUCAGAGAAGCUCUAUGAAAAGGCUGUACUUCUCAAACCAAAUGUGGCUACAGCUCACAUGAAUUUAGGAGCCAUGUAUCAUCUAAAUGGAAAGCUUGAGAAGGCAGAGCAGAGUUAUCUGGAAGCUCUAAAACUCAAACCUACAGACACAACAACGCAACAGAAUCUCCAAAAACUACGCAACCUAAUGCAGAGUAAUGGCCGACAGCGACAGACUGGCAAACGAUAAGGGCCGGGGGAUAUGUAAUAUGAGGGCCAGGAUUUGUCUUAAUUACAAAAAAUUAAGUUGUCAAUUUUUUUUUGGAAAUUAACUCAAAUGAAAUGAAAAUGAUGUGCAUAUGAAAAAUCAGGCUAACAAAUAUAUUGCACGCUUAAUUAUUAUUUUUUUCAAUGAUAAUGAGUUAAAACUAAUGGUGAUUGACAUUUGCCAUAAAGGUGUAUUUAUACAUCUAAGAUUUAGAGAAGUAUUGUUAAAAAUGCCAGGGUGGCCAAUAAUUCGUUUACAAUAACCAAAAUAAAAUUACAUCAUAGCUUUACAUUUAUGAGAUUUGUUGAUAUAUCCAGCAGUUUUUCAUUUGCUGUUUAUACAUUCUGAAUAAAUUUUCUUUGCAAUAGUGCCUUUAAAAGCACAAAUCAAUUCUCUACAAACUUAUUAUCUACUUUCUACUUUUAAUGUUUAUAUACAUACACAAACAAAAUGAGAAGUAUGUAAAAGAUCACAUAUUUAUUGAUGACUAUUUUUCAUUUACAUGUAAGAAUUGUUUUCAUUAAAAAUGUAUGUACAAUUUAUUAGCUUGUAAAUUGACACACACAGUAAGAAUCCCUGAGAUUUACUGAUUUUACAAAGAGACAGUAAAUCAUUCUACUGAAAAUCACUUUUUAUUCACUUAAUUGCCUGUACAAAACUUUAUAUUGUUAAGGAUUCUAUACAACAUGAAUCACAGCUUGUGAAAAUUGUUCCCAAAAAUAUAGUGAUCUACUUUUACAGUUUUACAGUUAAAAAAAAAACAUUUGAUACUCAAAUUCUCUUUUAAUGCUUUAAUUUUUUAUGUCUUAUAAUUUGUCAUAUAUAUUUAUUCCUUUGCGCAAAUAUUAACAUCAGCCAAUGAAUACAGUGCACAUUUUCUGAUAUAUAUUUGCUUCCUUUUUCUUUCUGUUGUAAUAUAUUUUUCUGAGCAAAUACCAAGGGAGACAAUGUAGAUUUACAAGGGAGAUGACUUGUAUCAUGGUGUUCUAGUCCUUUAGGAGGUCUCAGGUGAACCAAUGACAGAGCUUGACCAGUUCUCAUUCAUUGUUCAUUGACCAGUGGGAAACCUGAAAUAGUUCUCAUUCAUUGUUCAUUGUCCAUUGCUUCAAAAGCAUCUGUUAUUGAAUGUAUUUAAGUUGAAUGUACUUCAUUGUAAAACUUUAAUGAAUAAUCGUGAUUUUUUUCCAGUGUGGAAUUUUUAAGGUGAUUUCACUGUCAAGACAGUGUGUUUAUGUGUGUAAAUGUGAGCUUUAAUAUUACAUGUAUUCCAAAUUGCUACAUGUAUUUAGUGUGCAAUGAUAUCAGAAUCCUUAUUCUACAAGUUCAAACUCCUUUCAAGAUCUCUAGAUUAGCGGGGGGAUUUACAAGUUAUCUCAGUUUUUUCUACCAUGUCCAGCAAUAUUUUAUAUCACAAUGCUUGAAUUAGAUGAUGUUAUGUUUGUGUUAUACAGUAUAUUUGAGAUGUUUUAAAAAUCUAAGACACAAAUUAAGGUGCUUUAACUGAGAAUAUAUGUGCUGAAAUCGUGUUGUUUGAAUGUUCUCAACAUAAUGUACUGAUUUUGAACAAUCAUACUGACGGAGUACAAAAUCUGCAGAUCUCUUAGUCUGGGUGAGAAUGUAAUGUGAUAUAUGACAUUCCUUCGUUACAUGGUGAAUUUAUAUCAUAUUUUGUCAGGCAAUUGUAAACAAUUUAAUGUAGGGUUAUAACUCUGUUACUUUUUCUUUUAGAGAACUACUCAUAUUUUUUCUGUUAGUAUAUUUUUUAAUUUGUUGAUGCUCUGUAAUAUAAUGUUAUUAAAGAUGCAAUAAAAAUGCUAAAAUCAU